AUGUGGUUCUCAUGCCCAGUCACAGCCCUCCGUGCAGAAAGUGUCCGGCCUCCAGACCUGGAGGCACUUUACCUCAGGGGCAGGUCCCGGGUCAUCUCUGUCUGUCACUGUGGGAUUCGGAAUCCUCCACUGGAGGCCGCCAGUCUGCACCGCAGCCUCCUUAGCCCAACCGAGACAGACUGCGGUGCCCGGCCCCUCAUGGAGUCCAGGAUCAUCAGUGGCUGGGAGUGUGAGAGACAUUCCCAACCCUGGCAGGUGGCUGUGUAUCAUUAUGGCAGGGCCCUGUGUGGGGGUGUCCUGGUGCACCCCCAGUGGGUGCUCACAGCUGUCCACUGCUUCAGCCGCCCCCACACCGACAACAGCCACAAGCUGACGCCGCUGCAGCUGAGCGAGCCAGCCGACAUCGCAGAGUUCGGGAGGGUGCUGAGCCUGCCCACUGAGGAGCCUGAGCUGGAGAGCCUCUGCCUGGCAUCUGGCUGGGGCAGCGUCAGGCCAGAUAAGUCUAUAAGAGCAAGGAAGCCGCAGUGUGUGGACGUCUAUCUCGUGUCCGAUGAUGACUGUAAGACAGUCAUUUGCAGAGGAAUUCAUUUGCAGAGGGUGACAAAAUUCAUGCUGUGUGCUGGGCGCGAGGAAGAUGACAAAGAUACUCACAUGGGUGACUCUGGAAGCCCACUCAUCUGUGACGGGGUACUCCAAGGUAUGACAUCCUGUGGUGGUAACCCCUGUGCUUGGCCUAGAUGGCCUAGCAUGUCCACCAAGUUGAAGCUAUACAAGAAGAGGAUUGAAGUCGCCAUGAGGGACAACCCACAAGGUCUCCAUGUUAGUAACCUGACAUCCAUCGUCUUAUGUUCCUCACUGUGCCCCUUUUCUGGACUCUAGGCACCUGGGGGCCCAGAACUCAGAUGGCAGAACCCAAACCCCCUAAGCCUCCCAGCUCAAGUGCUGGGUAUAGAUUCAUGACUUUAACAGGAAGAAAGAGCUGAGACAUGUGGGAGCCAGCAGGCCUCAGAGGGGUCCCAUGUGCUUCUCCCGUCUGGAGAACACGGCAGGUCUAGAAACUGCUCAGGCAGAAGGAGGUGGUGGUGGCCUGGCAUGUGUGUGUUUCAGAGAUGGAGGAAGGGGGCACCCAGGAGACAGGACACAGGUACACGAUGACAAAUCCGGGAAGCCUCGAGCGAGAUCCAAGGCCCGUGCAACUUGGCACAUAGUGGGGUGAUGCUAAAAUGUCACCCUCAUUUUUCUGGAGGCACCAGGAUGCCUAAGGACAUUCUGAGCAGAGGAAGGAGGUCACCCCGUGUUACAGGGCUGGGGCAAGGGAGGAGGACCACAGAGUGGGGAAGCUUAUUCACUACAUGGGUGUUGGUGACCACAAACCACAGUUAACAGUAGGACUCACAGUCACUGCAGAUGUGGCGCUAAGGUGAGUCAUGGGUAGAGACCACGACAGCAAGCAGCUAGAGAUCCAGAGACAAGCUCUCAGGCGGACUGUGGAGUGAAGAGGUAAACCCUACAACCCCUUGUCCAGUGGCUCCUACGGACAGUGGCGUGUGAGGACCUGUCCAGUGUGAGGACGCAGCCAGAGGACUCCUGUCCACGGCAGCUGGCCAAGCCUGGUGUGCGGGGUGCUCUGUACUCAAAGGGGGCCACGUGACUGACAUCCCGUCCACCUCCAGUGUCGGCAGGGCAGGGCCAGGACCCCAGAUACCCAAGUUCAGGUUCACACCUACAGUCACACUGUCAGCAUAGACUGUUAC